UCUGCUACACGGCCACUUUACCUGUGGUUUUUAACGUUUCCUUGUUUUCUAGUUUACUCUGAACGACAGUGGCCUUUCUGUAGGUUACAGUUAGCUCUUCAGGAACCAGUAUACCCAGCAGUAUUUAUUUUGUACUUUUUAGUUCUAUAAAAAUAGCGUGAGAGACAGAAUGUCGUCCGAAAGCCCAGAAUACUCGCCGUUCUUCGCCGUGAUGGGUGCAUCCGCAGCCAUGGUGUUCAGCGCAUUGGGAGCGGCGUACGGAACAGCUAAGAGUGGGACAGGAAUUGCGGCCAUGUCUGUGAUGAGACCAGAGCUGAUUAUGAAGUCCAUCAUUCCCGUGGUCAUGGCGGGAAUUAUCGCCAUCUAUGGGCUGGUGGUGGCAGUGCUGAUCGCCAACAACAUCUCAGAGAAGGUCACUCUGUUCAAGAGUUUCCUCCACCUUGGGGCGGGGUUAAGUGUGGGGCUGAGUGGAUUGGCUGCUGGCUUUGCCAUUGGCAUCGUGGGCGACGCUGGCGUCAGGGGCACCGCCCAGCAGCCACGCCUCUUCGUGGGGAUGAUCCUCAUCCUGAUUUUUGCCGAAGUGCUGGGUCUUUAUGGCCUGAUCGUCGCUCUCAUCCUCUCCACCAAAUAAACUACAUCUCCCAUCAUGCAAUGCUGCUGCAAACAGGGGAGGGCGAAUGGGGACUCAGGGCAGGGAAGUUAAGAAGUUAGAAAAAAAAAUAAUUUAUGUGACAAACGUUGGGGGAAAAUUAUUAUUAUUAUUAUUAUAUAUAAUUCUGCAAAUGGUUCCAUGAAAGAUGGUCUUAUCUCCACAAGUGUGUACAGUUGUCUUGAUUUGAUAGAUUUUUUUUUCUUGUAAAAUGCACAUUACUAGUGAUUUUUUUUGUCUUUUGUGUGUG